AACCCUCCCAAAAUCCAUUCUCUGUCUAUGAACAGAGAGAAGAGAGAAGAGAGUAGUGGGGCGUCUUUUGUGAGAACUGAGAAAUGUUAAUGGCAAUCUGAGGGUUUUGGCGAUUCGAUUUCGUUCUGUUUAUUGUGUUUCGAAUCUCGCGAGUGGAAAUUUACAGAUCGUACGGUUUUGGAUACUCUCUUCCCGGCGCCGUGAUCUUCCCUCUAUGGCCGCCAUGUUUCCCUUCUCCUUCACCGCUGCUCAGGUUGGCUCCUACUUCGUAGGACAGUACUAUCAGGUACUGCAGCAACAGCCUGAGUUUGUUCACCAGUUCUACAGUGAUGUUAGCACGAUGCUCCGGAUCGAUGCCAACACCAGGGAGGCUGCCUCUGGGUUGCUGCAAAUUCACGCACUUAUAAUGUCACUCAAUUAUAUUGGGAUAGAGAUCAAGACAGCACAUUCCUUAAAAUCGUGGAAUGGUGGUGUUCUAGUCAUGGUCACAGGUACCGUCCAUGUAAAGGAUUUCAUUGGGCGCAAGAAAUUUGUACAAACCUUUUUCCUUGCACCUCAGGACAAAGGUUUUCUUGUUGUCAAUGAUAUCUUUCACUUUGUUGAUGAGGAACAGAGUCUCCAUCAUCCAGUGGCCUAUAUAGGUCAGGCCAAUCUUGAUGCCAAGCCAAAUACUAUAACUACUACUCUAGAUCAAGUAUCCAACAACUACAUGCUGGGUGGAGAAAUCCAUGCAAGGGAUUUUGUGACUCCUGCAAAGACUGAAGAAAAUGGAGCAGUGGACAACUACAACUUUGCAGAGGAACAGCCUGAGCAAGUCCUUGAAGAUAAUUUUGCAGUGCUGUCAAAUGGUUCAGUUCCAAGUGUGGACGCUGUAGAGGAUCAGUUUUCUUCUGUUGCUAUUGAGGAACCAGUUCCAGAGCCCCAGAAGCACACAUAUGCUUCUAUUGUUGCUAAAGCACAACCUGUGCAAGCAGUACCUCCUCAGUCCUCUCUUAACAAACCUGCUGCUCCUCCAUUGGAGUACCAACACAUAUCUGAGCCCCCUAGUCAGACACCAUAUGAGCCAUCUAGCACUUUAGAGAGAUCUGGAUCAGAAGUGGUUGAAGAGUUUUUCACUGCAGAAGAUGAAUUGGAAGUGAAGUCAGUGUAUGUGAGAAAUGUACCAAUGACAAUGGAACCUUUUGAAAUUGAGGAGGAAUUUAAAAGGUUUGGUAAAAUAAAACAAGAUGGUGUGGCCAUCAGAACACGGAAGGAUAUUGAUGUAUGCUAUGCCUUUGUUGAAUUUGAAGAUGUCACAAGUGUGCAGAAUGCAAUUAAGGCAUAUUCUGUUGAGAUUGGUGGGAAUCAGUUAUAUAUUGAAGGGAGAAGACCCAACAGAAACAACUUUCCUCGAGGAAGAGGCAGGGGUAGAGGCAGGAUUGGCUACCAAUCCGAUGGAAGAGGGGGACGCUAUGGAGGCCGGGGUUUUGGCAGAGUUAAUGGUCAAGAUUGUCCCGAGCAUGAGUACAGAUCAUCAAGAGGAAAUGGUUUCUAUAGGCACGUUCAUCGUCAAGACAGAGCAUUUCUUGGCAAUGGACAGAGCUUUGAUUAAUCCUAGGCUUCAAGCAAAGUGAAUAUAGAGCCAUUUUCUGGCAACGGACAGAUCUCGGAUUAUGCCAUUCUUUAUGCAAUUCUUGGCAGGACCCAUUUUUGAACAGAGAGCAUUGUUUUCCCCUUUCAGGUGGUAAAAUCUCGCCUGACAUGAAGAAGAGGAUGGAGCAUUAAGUGCAUCACUGUUAGUUUAUUAUUAUUAUUAUUUUUCAUGUCAGGAGAUUUUGUAACGUGAAAGGUAAACAUUCUUCUUUGGAAUGUUUCAUUGACUUAAUAGCUCCCAUAAUUAAUAUAAUACCUCCAAAUAUAUAUUUGACCAAUUCACUUUUGUUUUCAA